CCACCACCACCACCACCACUUCGACACCGAAGAAGCCGCCGCCGCAGCUAGGGCAUAAAAGGGGGUGCGUAGGAGCGCCGAUCGUCAUUUAUGUCUCAACAGUCACCUUUAUUUUCAAGAUUACUUUUUUCGUCUCUGCAUCAACAUGAAAUUAUCUACCAUUGCAAUUUUAUUCGUGAUUCUUGGAGUCGCUAUCUAUAUACAAGCGAUGCCGACCCAUGAUGCACCAGACACGAUUCCGCAGACAAAACCGGUAGAAGCGCAGCAUCAGUUCCCAAAUCUAGAAGUGAUGGGUGAAAGGAAAAAGAGGUGCAAUUGGAAUUCGGAUCCAACAACAACGGCAGGGUACAGCGACCCAGAUUUUGGACAUCCCCCUAAAGCCUGGGAUCCCGUCGAACCAUUUGCAAAAAACAAUAAAUACUUUGGAACGACACGCAGCCCAAUAAGAAGAAGGAGGUCUAUGGAUGGCAUGAAAUUCAAUUACACCAUACUUAAAUAA